CUGAGUUGUAACCCAGGAAACCUCGUGAGACGUUUAGUAAAGGACUCAUCGGCCAAGGUAAGCGGGGAUACAGGCGCCACGAUAAGCCCGACAAAAAUACACGGAAGUCCUGACAGCAUUCCUCCACAACUGAUACACUGAAGCAUUAAAACCCAUCUCCCACCGAAGUUCAUCAUCGGAAUCAUGGGGAACAUUUUUGGAAAUUUGCUGAAAAGCCUCAUAGGAAAGAAGGAGAUGAGGAUCCUGAUGGUAGGGCUCGAUGCUGCAGGGAAAACAACAAUCCUCUACAAGCUCAAACUGGGGGAAAUAGUCACCACAAUCCCAACCAUUGGGUUUAACGUGGAGACUGUGGAGUACAAGAACAUCAGCUUCACUGUGUGGGAUGUAGGUGGGCAGGACAAGAUCCGUCCUCUCUGGAGACACUACUUUCAAAACACACAGGGUCUCAUCUUCGUGGUGGACAGUAACGACAGAGAGCGCGUGAACGAAGCACGGGAGGAGCUGAUGAGGAUGCUGGCUGAGGACGAGCUGAGAGAUGCAGUCCUCCUGGUGUUUGCCAAUAAACAGGACUUGCCGAACGCUAUGAAUGCUGCGGAGAUCACAGACAAGUUGGGCCUUCACUCCCUGCGUCACCGUAACUGGUACAUCCAGGCCACCUGCGCCACCAGCGGCGACGGCCUCUAUGAGGGUCUUGAUUGGCUGGCCAAUCAGCUUAAGAACAAGAAAUGAGGAGAAGCCUGGAACGAGCAGCCACACCGACUUUUAAUUUGUUUUGGGAACGUGGGUGUGGGUUCGCUACAGGGGCUUCUGGCGGAAAUGCUGGGUCAUGGGCGGUUUUAGGCGUUCAUUUAUAGAGGUUCUUAAUAGUCAGAGCACUUAUUGAAAACAGAUUCACGUUCUCUCCAUAUUUAACCGCACACACACACACACACACACAUACACACACAUAUCCACAUGCACACGAACCAUAAGCAAUUACAGCAGACACUUGCUUUUUCCGUGUCCACCUCUUGACCUUAGGUGCAUCGUCCUGUAUGUUGGUGUCUAGGUGCUGUACAGCGUCAUGUGCGACUCCACAGAGUCAACAACGGUUCUCAUGACCCUUUGUUGAUGUAUGUUGUUGCCCAUGCAAAGAACUGUUCUGUGUCUGUUGCACUUCCUGUUUUUUUUCUCUGCUGUGGGGUAAGAGAUGCAUUUGUUUCAUUUCCGAGCAUUCACGACUGGUGGAUCCAUGUUUCCAUCGUUUGCUUCACUGUUUCCUUUUUGUUUUUGCUAGUGAGCAAUGCUGAGGCACUUUGAUGCUCAAAUUAAAAUGCACAAAUGCUGGACAUGUGUUGUGCAAAACACCCACGUCGUAUUAUUCAUGAACAACUUCUGGGCUGGAAGAGACAGGUGGACCUCUCCUCUCGUGUCUUAUCGCCUCGUUUAGGGAGUCUUUUGAUAUGUGGUGUGCUUUGACUCUUUUUCAACCAUUUUAAAAUGCUCAACGCUUUCCCGUCUGCCUGACGUGGUCCUGGUGAGUCGGGCUGAAAGUGUAGGUUGCAGACGCCAUCCGAUCCGCCGCUUUCUGCACUGUUCAUCAGCGUGUGCUGCAAACAGGCAGCCAGCUUUUAAAGUGAACCUGCACAUGAACACACUUGACUCGCAGAGUUGCUGCCCGUCCGCCUUUUCAUGUGCUCACAUGAGUAGUCAAACUGCUUCAGGUUGCUCUCGCUUCACGUGUUUGUGUCUAUAGGACUUGCAUAUCAGGGGGUGAUUCUGUCGCUGAUAACUGUUACUGAAUGUGAAUAUUGAAUCUGUAGAUGGCUGUAAUGAUAUUUAUUUGACAUGCAUAUUCCUUUAUUUUAGUGUGUCAGCAUAAUGGUGUAAAAGAAAAAACAGGGUAAACAGAUCAGUAUGUUGUUGAUUCAUCAGCAUGUGCACAACUCAUGAGACGAGUUACUGCAUCACCUCCAAUACCAGCAGAACCCACGGAUUUCUGUCAAUAAAUCAUUUCCGUGUGCCGUACACGGGUACAACUAAACACUCACCAGUGACAGUAUAACACAAUGUUCAUCCACUUCAACCUGUCAGUGCGUUGUUCAUAUUCAGCCUCUGCCGUAUGUCUAGUCAUGAGUUUCCUUUGGGUUUCGUGGCCUUAUAUUUAGUGAUGGUUUCCUCUCACUCGCUCGCUGGGUUCUGAUUUUAAGUCACAUAUAUUUAUCCGAACAGAAUGAUUUAUAGAUUUAUUUCUCUAUGCCCUCAAAGGCAGGUCUGCACCAAGUUUCAAGACGUUCAGAUGAAGGUUUUGUCUUAGUGAAUCUUUUGUUUUGCCAGUAUACUUGAUUCAUAUUUGGUGGUAGCAUUAUUUGGUUUGUUUUGGGGUGUUACAAACUUUGAUGUAGACUGUGUCUGUGAAACUAUGAUAAAUCAGUGAGAAAAAAAAUAAACAUGGUGAUUCAUUCUGUACUGUUAUAGUUACACGAGUAGGCUUAAUAGUGAAGACCAUGUUUCAGUGCUGAAUGCAUGGAGACAUCUGUAUGUGAUCUAAGACAAAAAUCCUGCUGUAUUACAAAUAAACCCAUUUUCUGUA